GUGGUUAAGGCGCACGCCUGCUAUUUCGUGAGCGUGUACUUUCGAGUGCGCAGGUUCGAAUCCUGCAGCUGUCGUUUUUUGGUCGUCCCACAGUCACGUGACAGGGCACAUGAACAGCAGGCGGUCUAUACUCCCGUAUCUGUUGGGUAGUGUAAGACCUUUCUUUAUCUAGCCUUUCCCUGGUCGUUCUUUCGUGCAGCCACGAUAAUAAUAUCUAACAUCCCGCGCCAGUGCAGUGCGGAGGGUAAAACUCGUGUUUCUCUGUGGUUUCAUGCCAUGGGAUUGCCAGCAUUAAUCCGACCCCAGUUUCUUCUCGUUUGCCGUGACGGUAUUCCAACCAAUUUAUUCCGCUUUAACUACCCCAAAGGAUUUCAAUACCUUACUUCUCACAACAUUUACGCGUCAUGGCAUCAGCAAACCCAGCAGGGUCUUCUGCGCCCUCGUCUAACAUAAACUCACCAAUUUUGCCGCCCAGUGGCACACCCCUUUUGAAUGGGACACUGUCUGACGCGAAUGCGAGAUCAUCGCCUGUAUCACAAGGAAAUGCAUCAGCCCAGGCUGAUACUGCAAGGUCAAAGCGCAAUAAACGUGACAGUCGCAAGAAACGUGAGGCGAAGGGGAUGGACCAAGAAAACCCCCCCAAAAAGAAAGCAGUGGCUGUCCAAAAUACGGCCCUUACCAGUUCGGAACUGAAUAUCCUUCGACCGUUGUUGCUCGCUGAACCUCGACCAUCAGAUCUUCUCCCUCCCCAGCCUCGUCAACUGAAUCUCGUGGAUAAGAAAGCCUCAGAUGUGACUGGGCAGAUUCGGGCCUUCUAUGAGGUUGUUGACAAGCUCACUAAUAAGAACGGGUUUCGUUAUGGCUAUGCCAUUGCUGACCCGGGUUUCCCUCAUAUUAAAUACCGUCAGACCGAUGUUCGUCCGUACCAGGCACGGUUUAGUUUCGAAGAUUCUCCAGCAGCGAUUCUCUUCAGCGAGGAUGCGCUUGCAGUCACAACCAAUGAUCCAUGGCACACCGCCCGCGCCAACGUUUGCGCACGGGAAGGGAAUUUCUACUACGAAGCCCGUAUAAUUAGCGGCGUGGUAAGCGAUAUAAACACCGACCCUUCUAGCGGAAGUCUUGGACGAUCUUCGAGGGGCCACGUGCGUCUGGGGUUCGCUAGGCGAGAGGCGGAUGUCGACGUGAACGUUGGUGUUGAUUGUUAUGGUUACGGCAUUCGGGAUGUGAACGGCGAAGUAGUGAAUCGAAUGCGCUGCGAGUAUUUUUUCCCAAAGGGCGAGGCAAUCCGGGAAGGCGAUGUCAUUGGAAUGCUCAUUUCCCUUCCGCCUCUUUCGCUCCAUAAGAAAAUAGUUGAAGGGACCUAUGAUCCAGCCACCGACGACAACAGCGCGCCGAACGCAGAAGCACCUUCGGCUGUCAACAUCAUUCGUGAUCGAAUUCCAUUCCACUAUAAAUCCGACUUUUGCUGGCAACAAUCGAAUGUGUUCCCUACGAAACACUUGCGCGACUAUGCCUUCAAUCUUAAAGAAACCCCAACAUUCGGGCCACCAUCUCCACUGAACUCGGAGGAUGCAUCUUUGCGGACACUCCCCGGUUCGAGCAUCACGAUAUUCAAAAAUGGUGUCAAAAUGGGCACGCCUUUCAAAGAACUAUACGCUUUCCUUCCCCCGGCCAGUCGUCUUGCUAAUGGCACCAAUAACCUUGGACUCGGAGAGCGGGAGAACGCAGACGAUGGGAUGAUUGGCUACUAUCCUGCCGUGAGCUGUUACGGCGGUGGUGCAGUUGAAUGCCGCUUCGAAGGUCCCUGGUGGUUUGGCCCACCUUCUCACACGGAGAGUGGAGCGCCUAUUCGAGCUAUUGGGGACCGGUUCAACGAACAAAUAGCGGAGGACGUCGUGGCUGAUGUUGUUGACGAGGUCGAAGCAAUGCUCCUGUGGGGCGGUGUUGAUGGCGAUAUUGUCGGUAAUUCUGAGAUGGAUGGUUCCAGUUCUGGACCGGUAGGGGGCUCUGAAGUCCUCAAGGCGGGCGUCGGGGCAGCAUAUGAAUCUGCCUUGGCAUCGAGUUCCAAGCUUGAACCCGCAACUAUCGAGAACGCAGUCCCAGAAGGAACCAGCGAGGUACCAGAGCUAGAUCCUGGACUGGGCCCUGGCCAUAUCACAUUCGACAGUACAAUGAAUGUCGACACCGCAGACACGCCCCAUGCGGCAACGCCCUCGACUGUGCCAGAAAAUACGACUAUUGGUGAAGAUAUUGAAAUGUCUUGAUUUUCCAGAGAGAUAUAUUAAGGCCACAUACCGUUCGAAGUAUGAGACUCUUUUGCAGAUAGGCUCACGCGAGUGAUUCAUUCAGCUUCGGGUAUAAUAAAGCUUCAACCGGCUAUUAUUUUUUAACCCCUUGGGAUUUAAUAUGCUCUCCAUCGAUGUAAACCAGUUAUGGCCCGUUGAAAUGGAUGUCAAAU